UGCGAAGUGGGUCGCGUGAAAUAAUGCUUCUGCUGCUUUAGAUAGAGUCAGACAUUGUAGAGCUGUAGCUUCUGCUGCUUUAGAUAGAGUCAGACAUUGUAGAGCUGUAGCUUCUGCUGCUUUAGAUAGAGUCAGACAUUGUAGAGCUGUAGCUUCUGCUGCUUUAGAUAGAGUCAGACAUUGUAGAGCUGUAGCUUCUGCUGCUUUAGUUUUGAAAUCAGGAAGUACCUUUUAAUACACAUCCGGGGCAACUCGAUGUUUACGUGAGGCUUCCGGGGUGCUUACCGUUUGGAAGUCAGAAAGUGAACGGAACGUCAGUUUACCGGAGGAGUAAAUGCUGCUCACGGAACCGGAAGUUCAGAUUCUAAGAGAAACACAGACACGAUGUAUCCGCCUGAUGAUGCUAAUGCUAAUGCUAAACUGGACCAGAAGGUUCUGCAGUAUGAAAACUUCAUCAAUGAAGUUCUGAGGAGAGACUUACAGAAGGUGUUGGAGCAGAGAGAUUCAGUCUAUGAGAAGAUUUCGCACUACCUCCAGUUGAAGAACUCCAUCCAGAGUCUGCAGCAUUCUGGUUCUCAGCUGAAGACUGAUGUUGAUCUCGGCUGUAACUUCUUCGUCCAGGCUGAAGUGGAGGACUCGUCCAGGAUCUUUGUGGCAGUCGGUUUCGGUUUCUUUGUGGAGAUGACCCAUGACGAAGCUCUGCGAUUUAUUGAGAAGAAGACAAGUCAGCUCACUGCCUUCACUGAGCAGCUCACCAAAGACUCUGCUAAGAUCAAAGCUAACAUCCGCAUGGUGAUCGAGGGUCUGAGGGAGCUGCAGGGAUUGACAGACGUUCUCUAAAAUCCUCUAGGACGUGUUUACCAUGGCGAUAGUGAUACUAUGGUCUGUAACAGAUGUGGAAACUCAGCAGGACCAGGAGUCUGCAGGAGGGGAGUCUGAGUUACAAAUCAAUAUUGUGAUUGAUAUUGUAUUCCUUUGAUGAAUGUGAUCCUGAGAGGGAGUAUGUUAGGCCUUGAAAAUGAUGUGAUUCUUAUAAAUACGCUAAAGUUUUAGUUGUUUUAAAUUAUUUUGAAUCUUCAAUUUGGGCCUUAUCUUCAAUGAAUAUUGUUCAUUAUUAACACAUGUACAUGAAAGCAUUUGUUUAAGUUAAAUUCAGUUAAAUUCUAAUAAUAAGUUAGUAUUAUAUUAAAUAUAAAACUACUUUAGAUCUGAACAAUUUAAUAUCAUUAUCAUAAAUAAAAAUAGUAUUACCUAA